GGAAAAGUUGGAUGUGAUGGAUUAUCUACCAGAGCUUUUGUUUACCUGGUGGGCAUCUCGUACUCCUAUGACAUUUCUGUGAAAUCUUAUUUUAGCCCUCAUUCCAAGAGUGUUGCAAAUCUUGUAUUUUAUUCUUGGGGUUAACCUUCAGGGUGAUAUACAUUUCUUUAUCAUGCCAUUGAGCUUCUUUAAGAUAAUGCUGUUUUUGUCAUUUGUGUGAUGCAUUCCCUCUUCUCUGCUGAUUAGAUAAUUAAUCUCUUCAUUUUUAACCAAGUUCCCAUAUGCCUUCAAUUUCACUUUAGGUUGCAGCUUCUAGACCUAAUGCUGAUAUUUUCAGUUUCUGACAUCACCAGUUCCUCCAAAGAAGCCAUAUGUGGUGAUACUAGGUUGUGACGGAAGAAGGUGGAGUUGUGUUUCAAAGAAAAUGCAGUGUUUACAUUACAAGCUAGUGAUAACUUCACUGGCCACUCCUCAGAUAGCUGUUAGAGAUCCUUCCUGGGUCAUGGCUGCCUAAAAUGCAUCCAAACAUUCAGUGUCUCCUCCCUCUACAUGCAGACGCUGAACUUGCCUCAUAGAGAUGAAUUGAUUCAAUUCAUCUCUAUGAGGAGAUGCUGAUUGGCUAGGGCUGUGUUUGAAUCAUGCUGGCUCUGUCCCUGAUCUGCCUCCUUGUCAGUCUCAGCCAAUCCUUUGGGAUUGGGCUACCACUUCUGAUGAUGUCAGCAGACUGCUUGUUUUCUGAGGCAAAUAGCAUGCAAAGUUACAGCUUCAGGCUUGAAUACAGUAAAAUCUUGCUAUAUUUAUGGAGGCAUGAGGGGCCCAGGGGGGCUAGAUGGUGGAUUUAACACAAUAGGGUCAGGAAUACAUGUUUGUGUUCCUGAUCCUAUAGUGAUCCUUUAAGGUUACGAGGCUAUACAUUGCUUCAAAUCUGCAUAGCUUAAUUUGUCUCUAGUUGGAGCAUACUACAAGCCUUUAUUCAGCACAGAGAUCUGUUAUUUUGACAUUGGAGUUAAGCUGCAGAUCCCAUUUGUUUUGUUUACAUUUUCUGCUUUUUCUUAGAACUUCCACUGUAGCAUUUAAAAAAAUAAAGUGUUCUUUGAGACUUUAAAGAUAAUGAAUAUAAAAACAAAGAAUCUGAACUUAAUAGCAACCACUCUCCUAAUUGAAAAGACUUGCCAACCUAUUACACAUUAACUGUUUUCAAUAUAGGAAGUGCGCUUCACCAAAUCCAAAAAGGGAAAACAAAAACAAAAAUCCCACUAUUUUAGAAAACUAUUAAGUGAUGCAUAUUUAUUUUAAAAAAAACAAUCAGUGGAAGUUGGUAUAGACGUGUGUGUAUGUACAUUCAAAAAAGACAAUCUACACUGAUGAAGAUUAUACAAAGCCAAAUUUAUAUGAAAAAUAUAUGUAGACUGUCACUAUUGCCACUGAGGGAUCGAUAAAUCAUGAACACACAGUGAGUUUAUGGAUACAAUGUAUAAGAAUACAGGCUUGCUACAUUGGGUCUAGGAGAAUUAGACAUCAAUUAAUAUACAUUUGAAUUGCAGUUACACAUGUGCAUCCACCAGGUGUAGCUAUCCGCAAGAGUUGGAGAUGCUAACACAUAACACUGAGAUGUUUAAAAUAAAUCUAAUUUACUAUUCGAGUGAAUGACAAUGUGGGAAAUACAGGGAAUAGAAAAAGUAUAAACAUUAAAUGAAAAAUAGUAUAAAACAAUGAAAACUAAUGCAAUCACUAACCAUGGGGAAAAAAGGUUGGCUGCUCCCUGGUCUAAUACUAUAAUCCAGAUGUGAGAAGCUAGUCCCUACAGUAAUGUUACCCUGGGCCGUGAACAAUAAAAAUAAAAAGUGAGGAUUAAGUGAAUGAAAUAAUUGUCAAAAUCUGAGAGUAAUCAGGGGUAUGAAGCAUUUCCCAUAUUGUUAUUCACUUGAAUAGUGGAUUAGAUUUAUUUAAAACAUCUGUGUUACGUGUUAGGAUCUCUAACUCUUGAAGAUAGCUAGACAUGGUGGAUACACAUAAGUAAGUGAUUACUAGUGAGGUUAUUACCCAAGACACUACUAUAUAUUAGAGGGAUAGUCAGCCCUUUAAUGCAUACCACCCACUUUUGUAUCUUUGUUUAUGGUAACAUUUCAUUACUGCACACUAGUGCAGCAGUAACUGAUUUUUUUAGUGCAAGUGCAAUUUUUUUUUUUUAAUAUGUACUUAAUUGUAUCUUUUUUUAUUUUUGUGUGUGUGUGUCUGUGAGGUGCAGUGUGUGUAUGUGUGGUGUGUGUGUGAGAGAGGUGCAGUGUGUUGGGAGGUGUGUGUUUGGCAGGGGUGCAGUGUAUGUGCUCCGACCAAUUUACUCACAGGAGGAACACAGAGCCUCCCAGGACCUUCCUUCCCUAGUGUUCAAGUGUUUGGAUUUUGGAACUAAGUGCCAGUGGGCCGGUGUGGGAGAUCUUUGAUCUCCUCACCAGCCUGAGAGGGCUUACAGGAAAGCUGGCUCUGCAUGGGCUGGCAGGGGAGAUGAAAGGAUUUCCUCUGCGGGCCUUGGCCCAUGGCCAUUGAGGCCAACCGGGCGUUUUCUGUGGAACCCACCACCACCACCCUCCUGAAAUCCCAAACCGUCAGGACCAGGUUGACUACCCCUGAUAUAUAAGGUCAAGUCAUCUAUGUAAUUUUUGAUGUUCCUGUUUAUUUAGGCAAGUUAUUUUUCUUCCACUUUUAGAUAGUGUUAUUUAUGUUUGGGUAGUGUUCAAGUGUUUGGAUUUGUGUAUAUUGAAUAACACUAUUCAUGCAUAUGUUAUUUACUCUUCACAACUAAUGUGGUACUCCAUUGUUUGUUUUCUCUUGUUCUGCUAACUGAUAUUGAUUACUUCUGGAGUGUAUAACUAGUUGUGACUAUCUAAAUUCACAGCAUUAAUUUUUUAUCGAUUUCAGUAAAUGUUGCCUUUUUUACUAAAAUUUUAAAGGCUAUGUUUUAUUUAAAAAAAAAAAAAUCAUGAAUGCUCAAACACGUUAGUCUUGUGGUGUUCUUAGUAAGUGUUAACAAGCGUUAUGCUUAAUAUUCUACUGAAGAACAAUUUAUUUUACUUUGAAUAUUAACCUAUUCUAAGUAACCAUAUCAAACUCCUUGGCAAAAUGUGAGUCUGUACGUGGUCUAUACUUCUUCAUAGAAUUCAAUUAUGUUAGUUUGACAUGAACUAUGUUUUAGAAAACCAUGCUGAUUAUUGCUAAUAACAAAUGUUCUUCCCAAUUAAUUCCUGAAAAUGAUCCCAUAAUAAAGCUUCAAAUACUUUCACAGCUACAGACGUUAACCUCACAGGUUUAUAAUUUUCAGGCAAAGAUUCUGUACCCUUUUUGAAUGUAGGAAGCACAUCUGCCAGACAAAAGAAGCCUGAUACAGAGAUUUACCUAUUUUGUCAUUUGGCUCCUUAUUCACUUGUGGGUGAAAACCUUCAGGCUCGGAGCUUUGUUUACAUUAACUUUCUUUAGUUGCUGUAGCACCAUGUCUUGAGUCACCCAAUCACAUAUUUUAUGCAGGUUUCCUCAGCAAUCAUUUCCAUAUCUCAGGCCAUAGGUUCCUUGUUAAUUCAUACUGAGGAAAAAUGGUUAUCUAAAUUAAUUGAAUUAGAAUUUAAUAACUUAUAAAAUAAAAAGAAAUCGGGGGUUAGUUUUGCUCUCUUUGGCUAUCACUUUCUCAUUUUGUAGCUUAGAUCAGCUUAUAGAUUUUUUGCAUGCAUGAUUAGCUUCUUUAUAUCUUUUAUAGGUUGUCCCUCCUGGAGAACGGCACAUGCUUGAUAAACACCAUAGAUCUCUCCUUGGAACAUCUUGCACUGCCAUUCUUACUGUAGGGUUUGGGUGUAAGGUAACAAGAAGUUACCAUGGGGUGGUAGGUAGAGAUCCUAGAGAUUUGGAAGAUUUGGAAGAGGCAGAGCUCUAACCGUUUCAGCAGCUUUUUACAGAAACCGUUUUAGUUCCCUUUGCUAAACUGUCAGUCUGUGAUCCAGUUUAAAGAUUUAUGUUGCUAUUUGCAAUGAAGAGAUCAUGCUCAGCAAGAUAAGUUUAAACAGGCAACAGUGAAGAGUCCUACAUUUUAAGAAGCCAUGUGCUAUGAGGGUGUUUCCAUAUGGGCGCAGGUGAUGUGUAUUGGCCUACAUGGAGCAGUUAGAGUGAGAUUUGGGAGAAGUACAUGAGGGGGAGUUCUAGGAAAUCUGGAAAGCUGAAUGUACAUAUCUAUGUGAGGUUGCAAGAAAAAAUGUUUAUAACAUUUUACAUGAGUUAUGCACAAUUACCUUAAAUGUGUAAGACAUUGACUGUUCUUUGCAAGGGGCACUGUGGCCUUAUGGUAACCUGGGAGAGCAGUAUUUUCUUCUCCAUCUUUAACUUUUGUCUUGUGGGGUGCUUCUUUUAUUUUAUUUUAGCUUUUAUUGUGUUUUUCUUUGGUUCAUCUCUGUUGGCAGUUUUGUUGAGACGGUGAACACUCCAGAUAAUUCUAUUUUAUUUUAUCUAUUAAUGUGAAUGUUCUUACUAGAUCUUGAAAUUUGGGUGCAUCACAUGCUGGCUCACAUGCGUACUGAUGUGUAUUGUACUACCUUCUCUAAAAUGAAGAAUUGAAAGGAAAAAAUGUGAAUGUUUUAUGACAGCUGUCCAUUAAGGGAUACUCAAAGCAGCAAAGCAAUUUAAACUUGAUGAAGGAAUUAUGGUGUAUAGGUCAUGCACUUGCUGUGUCACGGAUAAGUUGUCAUUUAGGAGUUAAAUAUUUGUAAAAUUAUUUCUAAAUGCAGCCCUAGCCACAUCAAACUUGCCUGUGUCUCUAAAGAGUCCUUUUAAGGGUUUUAAACCUUCAAUCCAAAUACUGAAAGCUUGUAAGAGGAGCAGACUCAGUCAAUUUGCUUUUGUAUUUAGAAUUGUGUUCUGUGAGCAAAUGUUUUUAACUUUGUAUAAUGACUUUACUUCUGUCUAUUUCAGAAUUUUUUCCCUGAGCAUAUGGUUGCUUGGUGUCAACAAUCCAAUAGCAGCAUUCCCCAGUCACAGUUAUUGCAGGUAUUUUAUGUCCUUGCCUUUAUAAGUUGCCCCUCAUUAGGGGCUAAUCACCACAGUUUCUCAUAGGGAACUUAUGUCACACCUUUUGAUAUUCAUCGUAUUGAUUAUGCUGAUGUUUAUAUAUUAAUUACUAAUUUACAUUAGUGUACUUAGACCACUUGAUAGUAGACAAAAUGUAUACAUCUUGGUUUUCUUGAUCCUAUUGUGAGAAAAAUACAGUGUUUUUUUUGUUUUUGUUUUUCCUAGAACUUCUUGAUUGCCAACAGUUGUCCUGAAAUCCAAGGCUUUUUGCAUGUGAAAGAACUUGGAAAGAAAUCUUGGAAGAAGUUGUUUGUGUGUCUGCGAAGAUCAGGCCUAUACUGCUCAGCAAAAGGAACAUCAAAGGUAGAUUACAAUGUUACAAUUUUAAUUUCUAAUUGA